AAUACCUCUCGUGGAAAAGUUGUAGCUAUUAUUUCAUGAGCCAGUGCUUGUUGUAGUCGAAUUAGUAGUACAGCCAUAUAACCCCAGAGAGAGUAGGUGGGUCUACCAACUGCAGGGGGAAAAACACAAAAAAACCCAGGAGACAAAACGACACGUAUGAAGACAGGCUGAAACGCAUACACACAGAAUUAAAAACAAAAAGCACCAAAUGGAUGAAAUGACAUGCUUUCAAAAACAUGCCUUAAAAAAAUCGGACUCUAAAACUCGGGAACAACACUUUCACAGGGAAAGAUCGUGGUUAAGGAAGCUUUUUACUGGGCUUUUUCUACUGGUAGUCACGUGUUUGCUGGUUAUAUGGUCUUAUAUGGGAAAUGAAAGAAAGAAACACCCUUCACCCAGCUUUUUGUCUCAGCACUGUGCAGGACUCCAGAACUCUGCAAACUCCGGCUCUCCUGCAGGAAUCAAUUCAGAAGUCUCAGAAAAGUCUCAGUCAUUAAUAAACUCUUUUUACUCUGAAUUUGGAAUCAGUUUAGAUGGCUACUCCAGGUUACAGCAGGCUGUUUACUGGGCAGAUCCUGACAGAUCGAUCACAAAUGUGUCCAUGAGUACUAGUCCAGCCCACACCACAUUCAUCAUUGAGAACCUGAAAGAGAGCUACCAAACUGGUGAGGAGCUUUUUGUUACGGUGCACGCAAAUGACUUUGAUAAUAAAUCUAAGAGUUAUGGAGGUGACUUUUUUCAAGCCAAGCUGUUCUGGUCUAAAACUAAGGCCAGUGUGUUUGGGGAGGUGGUGGACCUGCUCAACGGCUCCUACUCUGUGCGUUUCCUCCUGCCGUGGGUCGGCGAGGCCCAGGUGGCUGUGCGUCUAAUUCACUCCAGUGAGGCUGUGCAGGUCCUCAAGCGUCACAGAGAUACUGACUCUGACAGGGUGUACUUUCAUGGAUAUUAUGAGGGACCAGGACCAAAUAAGACCAGGCUGAGUGAAGCAGUGAUGUGUAAUGUUAAGUGGGACAAGAAUGGACUAGAGCAUAUGGGAACUGGAGACUGUUGCUGUGAAUACAAAGAUCCCCGUACCGAAGAAACAUGGCGCUGCCAGAGACCCAAGUCAAUGCCAUGCAGUGCCCUUGUGUACCACUCUAUGGGCGGUUAUAGAAACCGUCUGACUAAUAAAGAGAAGAAGCUUAUGAAGCAAACUAAUAAAGAUAUCAAUGGAGAUAAGAGCAUCAUCAAAAUUGUUCAUUCCCAUGGAAAUGAAACUAUUGAUGUAGCAGAGAAAUGUCAUCCUGGUUUACACACUCCAGUUCCAGCCGGCUUUUACCUCAAUGAUGUGUGGACGUCCUUUGUCUGUAGUACCCAACAUUUUACAACCCAAACGACAACAGAGUGCCUGAAAGACAAACACAUUUACAUGAUGGGAGACUCUACUAUCAGACAGUGGUUUGAGUUCUUUGUGAAAGCAGUACCAAGUAAGAUAAAUAGAUCAGCCCUGAAACAGAUGAACCUGCAUGUCCAAUAUCAGGCAGGGCCGCUCCUAGCAGUGGAUGUGAAGAACAACAUUGACUUACACUGGAGGGCUCAUGGCGUUCCUCUGCGCAGUCAAAAAUCAGCAGUUGCUAAUCUGCACUACAUCAGUAAUGAGAUCGAUGGCCUGGCUGGAGGACCCCACAUGGUCAUUAUGUUUAAUAUGGGGCCCCAUUUCACCACGUACCCUCUGGAUUUCUACACCCAUAGAGUGCUGAGGAUCCGCAAAGCUAUUCUAGCAUUGUUACAGAGGGCGCCUGACACUACCGUUAUAAUCAAGACUGUCAACACUGGCUAUAAGGAUAUUUUCGGGAGUGAUUGGUAUUCUCUACAGUUGGACAGAAUUCUGCGUUGGGCUUUUCAGGAUGUUGGUGUUUAUAUUCUGGAUGUGUGGCAAAUGACGGCCUGUCACUACAGCGAAGAGAACAUUCAUCCAGGCCCUGUAAUCAUCAAAAACGAGAUUGACAUUUUACUCUCUUUUAUUUGCCCCGUAUACAUUUAAAUUAUUCAGUUUUACUACAUUUGAAAAUUCAGGCCAUGUGAAGAAAAACUACCCUGAAAUACUUUGUGAUUGUUUUAAACAAGUGUGCGCUUGUGUACUAAAAACAGAUCACAUAAACACUGGAAUUAAUUGCAGUUGUAUUCCUGCAUCCAUAUGGAUUUGUCACUCCUGAUGCUUAUCUACUAUAGGCAUACUUUAGAUUUUCACAAACCUAACCAAAUAUAUUUAAGAAGUUAUAUUGGAUUAGGUAAAAUGUAAAAAUACAGAUCAAAUAAAUAACUGUAAC